CACACACUCAACAGUGUGCUCCAAGAGUAGACAGACGGGAAAUAAAUACAACCUAUCUUCAACAUGAGAUCACUGGGAAUCACACUUUUUUCACUUGCUGUGCUUGUGUCUCUAAUCUGUGUAAUCCAGGUAGAGGCAGCUCCAGUAGUGGACACCUGGGCAUCAGGACUCAUACACCGUGCCAAGCGUUCACUACUUUGGCGCUGGAACACACUGAAGCCGGUUGGUGCAGGAUGCCGAGAUAAUUACGAGUGUGGCACAAAUUACUGCAGGAGAAACAUCUGCACAUUCCAACCUAAAUCCUCUUCAUCCUAACAAGAAUGCCUUGCAGUUUCUUCUGAAAGAAAGUGAAAAAAGGACAUGUUGUUUUUUUAACAACUCUAAUGAAAAAACAUUGGAAAAAAUGAAAUCUUAUUAAAGCACAGAAGCAUUAGCACUGAAAUCUUUUUUUAUCUUAUAUAUAAUGAGGAAUGUGUGCAGGUUAAAUGGACAAGUGACAAAUUAAAGACCUUCCCAAUCAUGAUGAAAGUUCAGAUUUCUAUCCUGAUGGGCGUGGUCUCUUUCAGGGUGAUUCCACAACUAUCUACAAGGCGUAAGAGUUAACAGUAUUGUUAUAGUAAGGUAACAAUUAUGUACUGUAAUGUUUUUCCUCAAAAAUUUAUCAUUUGUUUAUAUAUCAGCUAUAUUCAUAUUGCCAUGAUAAAUAUUUUAUUUUAUUUUUUCACAUAAUAUACAUAAUCUAUAAAAAAAAAUUAACAAAUAAAUAACACAAAGCACAUUUGGUUUAUGCACAGGUUGUAAAAGCCUUUUUUUUAUUUGUCAAUAUGAACAAAAUUGCAGUCAAGUAAUGUAAAUACUGUUUGUUUAGUGUGUUUAAAAAAAAAAUAACUUUUGAUAUUGUUACAUGAAAGAGUGCAAUAUGUUGUUUUUUAUUGUUGUUUUUUUUAAGAAAAUCUGAAUGGCAUAAAUGGAAACAAAAAAUGUGCAAAAAAAUCAAGUGUGAGUUGAAUUACAUUAAAAUUCAUUUCAACAUUUUUUUCAUUUGUAUGGAUGGCAUUUCAAAUGAUAUUACAUCAGAUGAUUUACAUUUGACGAUCGGGGUUUCUCAAUAAAGUGCGGCAGUAAAGCAGCUAAAAUCAAAUAUAUUUAAAAGAAUU